AUGGCCGAUAUCGAAAAGAGUCAGACACCAGAAGUCACUCAGCUGACGACUGCAGACCAGAUCCACGUCGACGUCGCAGGUAGAGUGUUUGAGCAGUCAUUGCAGUAUGACCCGGCCCAGUUGGAGAGAGACGCCGUCAAGGUCCGCAGAAAGCUAGACUUUGUGGUGCUUCCUAUGAUGAUGACGACUUACAUGCUUUCUUUUCUUGACAAGCAGACGUAA